AUGGCCGACAAUGACUGGAGGACGCAGUUGUCAGCAUCAGACCGGUAUGAGAACAUACAGAAAAUAAAGGCUGUGCUAGAAGCCGCAGGCUCAGAAGCCAAAGCCACUUCACAGUCCGAUGCAUUUUCGGUCGAGAACCAGGCUUACAAAGAUUCAACGUCUAGGGCUCAAUAUGACGAGAUAUGUCAGCUAGUUGGCUCCGCAAAUUUGGCUCCUCAAGAAGCGACAGCCCGUGAUGCAGACGAAUCCGACGACAUUGGAGUCACCAUUGGCUCUUACAAGAACUGCCUCCCGUUCGCAAGCGGUCUCACAUCGGAGGUUUACAGGUGCAAAGACCGGGCCCUCAAAGUUAUUGUGGAAACGCACAACAUUGCGCCUCAUAACCCUCACCGCGAGGCCAAGAUCCUAGCAACCCUGAAGCGGCCAUGCAUCUCCCUGUUGGAAACAUUUAGGGACCAGGAGCAAAGACUCGUCCUGGUGUUCCCUUACAAGCCUCUUACCCUGGCCGACAUCAUUGACAAAGGGACACUCCCACUACCCAGAGUAAGGCGUAUCUUCAAAGACGUCUUCACCGCUCUUAGGGAUAUUCACAGUGAGGGCAUUAUUCAUAGGGACGUCAAACCAGAGGCCAUCCUCCUCGACGGCCCAGAUGGACCAGCCUAUCUGUCCGACUUCGGAACCGCCUGGCACCCGACCAUGUCGGUUGUUUCCGAGCCGGCCAACAGCAAGAUUCUUGACAUUGGGACCGGCCCCUAUCGCGCUCCUGAGGCCCUUUUCGGUGACAAAGCCUACGGCCCUGCUGUUGAUAUGUGGGCUGUCGGUUCUAUGUUAGCCGAGUGUUGCCGCAGCCCCCCGAAGUCGCUGUUUGAAUCAAGGCCGACACACGAGGACGGCAACCAGCUAGGCCUCAUUUUGAGCAUCUUCAAAACUUUAGGCACUCCAACGCGGGAGACCUGGCCCGAAGCCGCGAGCUUCAAAACUCCACCCUUUGAGAUGUAUCGCAUGUUUGAAGGCCAUCCAUGGGAAGAAAUUCUGCCCGAUGUCGAUGCUCAAGUUCGAGACCUAAUAUCAAUCUUGGUUCGUUUCGACUCAAAGAGGGCGAGUGCCGAACAGGUGAUGAAAUUGCAAAUUUUAUGA